AUGUUUUUCUACCUUUCAUUCCUCCGUCCUCCCCCCGUCCACAUUGCGCCGGGACCGGUUACCAUUACGCCGCAGGUUGCCAACGACCUUCGUACCGAACUAUUUGAUGGAGCUCAAGACAUCUUUUACUCUUGGAGCCCCGUGGCUGAAGCCAGUUUAUAUCCGAAGAACAUAAGCGGCACCCGGCCUGCAAAGCUCACUGCAUGGAGAUCGAGCAAUGCGUACAAGGAGAUUUCCGUCCCCCCACCUCCCGGCGUGCGAGAGGGCCAGUCAUGGCGUCUCGUACUGACUGCUCAAGCCCAGGGCAAUCCGAUCAUACCUCUAGCAGGCGCAGGACUCGGGGCGUCCGCGUUUCCUGUGCUUUCGAUGCCUAUCCUGUUCAGUGCGCGCCAUUCGAAGGGGAAGGCGUCGGUAAAGCAGGAACAAGUGGAGAGGAUAUACCGCUUUCCGGUUCCAGCGCUUGCGGAGCAGGCAUUGGUGGUGAUCAGGGAACAGACGUCUUUUGACCUCGAUAAGAAAAUAUGGGAUAGCGGGAUCGGCCUGAGUGGAUGGCUGGUAGAUCUUUUCAACGAUAAAAUAGCGACCGCGCCGCUUGUCCACGAGUUGAAAACGGUGCUGGGAAGUCCCGACUCCAAGAGUUUUGUCGAGCUGGGGGCCGGCACGGGUAUCGUAUCUUUAGUUGUGGGCGCCCUACGGUCGUCACCUACGGAACCAGAUAAUGAAAGCCUUACGCGUAUCCUCACUACGGACCUCCCUUCUGCUAUGCCCCUCCUCUCACACAAUAUCACGGUGAAUUCUCAUCUCUCUUCGCCUGCUGCCAAAGCAAGGCCGGAAGCAGUGAUACUCGACUGGGAUGAAUCAGACUUACCCGACGAGGUUCUCUCGCUGAACGCUGGGAUAGACGUAAUACUAAUGGCAGAUGUCACGUACAAUACGGCCUCCUUCCCCUCGCUCGUCCGCACCCUCUCAUCUCUUGUUAACUACUCGGUCAGUAAAUCCAAGACGCCUCUGAUUUUGCUGGGAUACAAGGAGCGGGAUCCGGCAGAGAGGGAGCUGUGGGAGAUGGUGAAAGAUUUUCGUGUGGAAUUUGCGAAGGUGGAUGAACGCCCAGGGUCCGGCGGUGCGCCUGUGGAGGUAUGGAUAGGGACGGUCGUGUCUGGCAGAGGAGACGGGUUUGUGGGUCUUUGA